AUGUCGGAAUCAUCCAAGCCAGAGGCCCACGAAAAGGCGUGGGAGAAUGCCGAGCGCACAUUUGCUCAUAAAAAUGCAAGCGAGUUUUAUGAUCCUUGCCAGGACUUCGCGGAUCGAAGUCUCAAGUGCCUGAAGCGCAAUGCAUAUGAUCGCGAAAUGUGUGGUGACUACUUCCAGUAUGCUAGCUCUUCCUACCGUUCCGAGACCAUGGGCCCCAUUUCGGCUGGCCCUACGUGCCAUGCUCACGAUUGGUGUUCAUGA